GUGACGGCGUCACGGGGCGGGGCCACGGGUGGCGCGAAGAGGAGACGCGGGAAUGGAGGUGCAGGCCAGCUGCAGUAACGCGGGCGAGUGCGGGUCCCAGGACCCUGCCGCUGCCCCCAGCAAGGCCCCUGGCAGCGCCGGCCACUACGAGCUGCCGUGGGUUGAAAAAUAUAGACCAGUAAAGCUGAAUGAAGUUGUCGGAAACGAAGACACUGUGAGCAGGCUGGAGGUCUUUGCAAGAGAAGGGAAUGUGCCCAAUAUCAUCAUUGCCGGCCCCCCAGGAACUGGCAAAACCACAAGCAUCCUGUGUUUGGCACGAGCCCUGCUGGGCCCAGCACUCAAGGAUGCUGUCUUGGAACUCAAUGCUUCAAAUGACAGCAUGACUGAUGGGGCCCAGCAAGCCUUGAGGAGAACCAUGGAAAUCUAUUCUAAGACGACUCGCUUUGCCCUUGCUUGUAAUGCUUCUGAUAAAAUCAUAGAGCCCAUCCAGUCCCGGUGCGCCGUCCUGCGCUACACCAAGCUGACCGACGCCCAGAUCCUGGCGCGGCUGCUGAACGUCAUCGAGAAGGAGAAUGUGCCGUAUACUGACGACGGCCUGGAAGCCAUCAUCUUCACAGCGCAGGGAGACAUGAGGCAGGCACUGAACAACUUGCAGUCCACCUUCUCGGGAUUUGGCUUCAUUAACAGCGAGAAUGUGUUCAAGGUCUGCGAUGAGCCCCAUCCCCUGCUCGUGAAGGAGAUGAUCCAGCACUGUGUGGACGCCAACAUCGACGAGGCCUACAAGAUUCUUGCUCACCUGUGGCAUCUGGGCUACUCACCGGAAGAUGUCAUUGGCAACAUUUUUCGGGUGUGUAAAACUUUCCAAAUGGCAGAAUACUUGAAACUGGAGUUUAUUAAGGAAAUUGGAUAUACUCACAUGAAAGUCGCAGAAGGAGUGAACUCCCUCCUGCAGAUGGCAGGGCUCCUGGCCAGGCUGUGUCAGAAGACAAUGGCGCCAGUGGCCAGUUAGAGCAGAGACUUCACUGACUGAGUUACGAGAGUCCUUGAAAUACAGGAGUCACGGCCUUCUGAUUGGGGUGGGAGGAGAUGCCACCUCAGACGGGGCCAGUACGCGCCGGGCUUUAAACUCUAGCUUACCUCCGCUCCACGCAUGUCUUUUUGCCUUCGUCUCAGACUCCUCCAAGCAGCAACAGGGUGGAAAGGCCUCAGAGAAGCUCAGGGGCAGGGCCCCUGAUCUGUGUGUGUGGGUUGACAUUUUAGCUAAUAAAGUCUUGCAGCAUUUGUGGGCCACAUGACCACAAAUGACCACAUGA